AUGGGAAAGUUAGAGUGGUACUUUGGAGGUCGAUCAUCAUCUUCUCGCCGAGCCACCACCGCCGAUGAUCAUUCCCGACGACGUCGUUCUCUUCCAAGUUGUAUCAGCACCCUCUUUCACUUCUUUGAUUUUCGUUCCUCUCAUUUUACUCGCAUCGUCUUCGACAAUCACCAUUCGUCCUCCUUUGACCAGCUAUCGCAUCAUCACCAAGCUCUACAACCCAAAGCUUCCCAUCAUGGUGUUGAAGCACCAAGGAACAGCUUGGAAUUAGAUGGAGAUUCAAUUUCUUGCUUAAGAAAUAAAGAAGAAUAUUUGCAACUUCAAAUGGAACUUCAAAUCAAAACUAGAAAUGGUAGCACGAAAUCAAAACCAAGCGACCAACAACUUCCAAAUAAUGAUCACAUUAUUGCAUUAGAAUCUCCAAGUACAAAGACACCAAAUCUCUUGGCAAGACUAAUGGGUCUUGAUAAUUUUCCUCAAACCUCCUCUUCUUCCUAUUGUCGUUGUGGCCUAAACCUCGAAACACGUUCUCUUACGGAGAGUCUGAGGAAUUCCUCAUCAAGGCUAUCAAACGUCGAUUGUCAUCAUCGUCGCCUCUCACUCCAGAUUAAUAUUCAAGAAAAAGAAAACAACGGUAUUGAAAUUUGUGAAGAGAUUAUUAAGCGAGAAAAGAAAAAAGUGGGAAGGAAAGUUGCACUCGUUGAUAUCACCAAUAGCAACAACAAAAUAGGAUAUGAAAUACAAGAAAUUGGUCGUUCUAGUCAAAGUAGAAAAGUAGAGAUGAAGUCCUUGAAGAAACUUGAGAAAACGACAGUUGGUAACAAUCAAAAGAACGAAAUGGUUUCGAAGAAGCAAAAGUUGAUAUCGAUGCCGAUGCAAAUACUAAAAGGAAGAACUAGCGAAAGAGAAGCAUUUGAUUGUCCAACAAAUAAUAAGCUUCUCCUCCAUCAUCCAACCAUUUUUGAGCCGUGUAGUUAUCCAAAAGGAAAGCCGAAGCCGGCCGGGGGAGAAACAAGCGCCGUGGACAUCACCACCACCACCGACGGGGAAUCUACCGAUUUCAAAUACAUCAAAACAAUACAAAUUAGCAGUAAAGAGAAUUCAAACUGGGUCGUCCCACCCUCAACCUUCCACCACCUGGAAACCACCCUCGCCGGGAAGGAGCGGCGAUGGAAGAAACGACUGGAAUUGCAAACGGGCGUAGUGGGAGGGGAUCGAAGAGGAAGGAAGAGGGGAUGGGAAUUCCCACAUGCAAAAUGUGGGUUGGUGGAAUAUGGCUUAAUUAACGAAGAUUUGGAGAAAUCAAAGUUAAUUAUAAUAAUGGCGGAGGAAAGAGAAGGGAUUGUAAAGUUGGUUGAGCUUCACAUUUUAGAUUCACUUUUACGAGAAACCCUUGCCCUAAUUUCUUAA